UGAUAAUUUGCAGAUAACGAGCCCGGCCCACAAUGGCGGAGGAUUUGGAGGUGAAGGCGAGAGAGCUCCAAUCUCUCCUGGGGCGUUGUUCUGGCCUCCUCAAAGGGACUGGAAGGAUGGAUGGACAAGGAAAGAAGCCAAGAGAGCUUGAGGCGAAACAUGAUAGGAUGCAAAUUAGCGAGCUCCAAGGUACAAUAAAGAAGCUAAAACAAGAACUAGCAAACAUAAAGAAACACGAGCCAAGAGUUGAGAGCCAAACAAAGACAAAAGAGACUCAAGAAUCAUUACAGGAGUCUUAUUAUGACUACAGUGAAGACAAUACAACCUUAGCGCUGGUUCUAGUGUUUAGGUUUCUCACCUUCUCUGAGCUGCUUCUUGUGGGAAGAGUUUCAAGGCAGUGGCAACGAGCCAGUCUACACCCAUCACUAUGGGAACUGAUAGACCUUAGUGACUACAGACUGGACUCAGAUGUAUUGAUAAAACUAGCCAAUAGUUGCACAUCAACAAAACAGAUCAUAUUACAAGGAUUGACCCCGCCCCCAGCCACGCCCAAAGUAGACCUACAGGGUUACAUUGAUUCACAAAAGGCGGGGCUAGAGGCGGGGCUAAAGGCCUUACUUUCCAAGGCUGGCCCAUCUCUGCUGUCUCUCUCAAUUUCACAAUGUCCUUUACGAAUCACCGAAAGAUCACUUUGGAUAACCAGUUUCACCUCUCCCUCUCUCGUCUUCCUUCUCUACCAAUCAGAAGAAUUCCCGCCCACGCCCGAGAGCAUAUGGUCACUAAGCAACGGUUGCCCACGGAUACAAUCCCUCCAUUUGUACCCAACGGAAGAUGAAGAGCUGGAUAAGCAGUACAAUGACAGAGUGCUGUAUCAUAUUGGGAAAGGGUUUCCAUUACUGACAGAACUAACUAUUGGAGGACAAGGAUUAACCAUAUCUGGAAUAACACAACUAAUGUCACGUCUGCCCCGCCUACAUACGUUGCAUCUCGUCAAGGGGCCACAGAUCAGUUACGAGACGGCCAAUCACUUUUCAUCCAUCCUACCCUCUCUCUUACUACUCCAAUUAACACACACCCCAAUAUCGCCGCAAGCAGUCAUAAAAAUAAUCGAUACUCAUAAAAGUCUGAAGACGUUUCACAUUCAAAUAUCAUUUAUCGACUAUUUUGCCGACGAGGGCAAAACCAGAACGCUCGGCUCGGAGAAAAAAUAUCAACAAAUAAUUAAUAAUUUUGAGGCAAUAGCCCAACACUCUAAAUAUGGAGGAGUAUUCCAAGUAACUGAUACACAGUGAAAUACAUUAAUAACAAUAACACAAGAAUAAUGUAAUAUCCAGCUACAUAAACUUGUACUUUGAAAUGUAUAAUCUCCGCCCACCACCACA